AGUCUUCAUCUCAGCAAAAUUAGAUAAGUAGAACUAUGUUCAUCCUACAAACAAGGAAUACAUGAUAAGAUCACCAUUGAAGUACAUGAAGUCUCAUAUAUUAAGAACAAGAGAAGCAAAGUGAGAAAAGGGAGCCCAAAACGGACCCACUUACCCACAUCUCAGCGCUAAAAAAUUUGGAACUCAGAAGUCAGAAGGAUAAACUUGAUAAAGACACGCGGCCUCAGUCCAGCCAGCCACUGCCCCACGCCACACUCGGACUCUGUUAGAAGAUGCAGCGCAACAACCUCCAAACGCGACACCCAUUUACUCCACACCACGACCAUGGCCUCUCUGAUCUUCCCAUUUGCUAUUUCCCUCCAACAAAGCUCCCAAACCCGUUUCUCUCCUCUCAAACCCGCUCUCCAAACCGAAAUCCCCCUCUUCGCCGGAACUUUCAGGGCCAAGCCGCCGGCGAGUAAGUGUCGAGCGUCAUUCUUGGUCGACAUCUCCGAUCGUCUACUCGAUAACCUUUACGGUCCUCUUCGAGUUGAUCAGCUUCCGGGUUUGCAAUCUGGGUAUGUUCAAUUUCAACGAUUCUCUGGGGAAUUGAGCGAUUUGCAGAAAUGGGGUUUCGUUGUUUUUGCUGGGUUCAUUUGGGUUUAUCUCACUGCUCGACCAGGGGUUCUCGUUGGCGCCAUUGAUACGUACCUUCUGGCUCCUCUGCAGUUGGGGCUGGACAGUUUGAUGGGAAGAAGAAGCUUGAAGAGCUCCGACUUUGUGAUUGGGGGGAAAUUGGGAGAGGGUUCGUUUGGAGUUGUUUAUUCGGGUGCAUUUCUUCCGAAAAAUGUGAAGAAUGAAGGGCGAACGAGCAGAGCAGAGUUGGAUGGGAAGGACAAAGUGAUUCUUAAAAAGAUUAAGGUGGGAGUUAAAGGAGCUGAAAAGUUUGGGGAAUAUGAAGAGUGGUUUAACUACAGACUUUCAAGAGCAGCGCCUGAAACUUGCGCUGACUUUCUUGGUAGUUUUGUAGCUGAUAGAGAAAGCAAGCAAUUCUCUGCAGGAGGAAAAUGGCUCGUUUGGAAAUUUGAGGGAGAUCAGACUCUUGGUGAUUACAUGAAAGAUAGAAACUUCCCUGUAAACUUGGAAGCUCUAAUGUUCGGACGUGUCUUACAAGGCAUGAACUCAGUCGAAAGAAAUGCAUUGAUAAUCAAGCAAAUACUGCGACAAAUCAUCACAUCAUUGAAGAAGAUCCAUGACACAGGCAUUGUUCACAGGGAUGUAAAGCCAGCAAACAUAGUAGUAACCAAGAAAGGACAGGUAAAGAUCAUAGAUUUCGGGGCAGCCACCGACCUCCGAAUUGGCAAGAACUAUGUACCAAAUCUUGCAUUGCUGGAUCCUGAUUUCUGUCCUCCUGAGCUUUACGUGAUGCCCGAAGAAACACCUAGCCCUCCUCCAGCUCCCAUUGCAGCACUUCUUUCUCCUAUACUCUGGCAGCUGAACAGCCCUGACUUGUUUGACAUGUAUUCUGCUGGUAUUGUGCUUAUGCAAAUGGCAGUACCGAAUUUGAGGAGCAGUGCUGGGUUGAAGAAUUUCAAUAUGGAAAUUAAGAACUAUGGAUAUGAUUUGAAUAAAUGGAGGGAGAAAACAAGAACAAAGCCUGAUUUGACGAUACUCAAUCUCGACUCAGGUAGAGGGUGGGAUCUUGUAACAAAGCUCGUUUCGGAGAGAGGCACCCUUAGAAGGGGGCGUUUAUCGGCUUCUGCUGCUUUGAGGCAUCCUUAUUUCUUGUUGGGGAGUGAUCAGGCAGCUGCAGUUAUUUCAAAACUAAACUUAGUCAAGAAAUGAGGUUGUAGGAGGGAAUGUAAGUAGAAAUUUAUAUAUAUUCAUUUUUCAUCUUCAUAUGGUUAUUCUCAUCCAAUUUCAUGGGACAAUGAUAGUCCCUUUGGAAGAUUAUAACCUUUAAAGCAAUGUCUUCAAUGCUAAAUUUUGAUUUUGAGAAAAAAAUAUUAAUGUAAAACCAAUUUGGAUCGAAUCAAUGCGACAAGUUACUCAUAAAAAUUAUGAUU